AGUUGUCAACCACAUAUAGCAGGUGACAAUGUCGUGCAAGUUUAUUACUAUCUUAAUCAAAUCAACCAACCUAGUUUGCCUAGAAGUUCAUUUUCUUGGAGAGUGCUGAUAUAUUGAUGUGUGGUGGUUUCACAAGGUAUAAAUGAUUACAGCAAUAAAUGUUACAUCCAGAGGCAAAGAAAUUGGUCUGUAGCAAAAAAUUCCCGUUCAUUAUAACAUUUUUUCAAAGAAUAAAGGUGGCUGAUGCUUUUAGUGGGGUACAUACCCUCAGAUUUUCGAGUGAUGAAUGCAUAGGUCUAGGCUUCAAUAGAAUGAAUUAUGAACAUUUGCUUUUGGAUCUAAUUCAGUGGUAGGUCUGGCAUCAUGACUGGAAACAAUAUUCUUUUGUUAAUUUGCAGGGGCUAUCUGUUUAAGUGAUGCAUUCCUUGUAUGUCACUUGUUUUCUGGUUUUGUGUAUGCAAGUAUUUCUAGAAAUUAACUCUCACGCUCUGGGGCAUGUUUGGUUACACUUAAGCAAAAGCGAUAAGUACUUCCCGCUAAAAUUUAAAAUAUUAUUUGAAUUUGACAAAUACUAUGAAUGAAUUAUUUCUGAAUUUAUGUGUCGAUACUCGAGUGUUGUGAUGAUUUUGAGAGUUUCAGAUUUAAAAGAAGUGUCUGCAAGCCACAAGAUUUAUAUUAAGCAAAAACAAAAUGUAAAAGGCCAUCUGGAUACAUGCUCAGAAUGGCUACCAAUGACCAUCUAUAUUAAAAUGGUCGAAACCUUUUUUGCCUCUUAAUUGACACAAGACAUGCUUUUCCUUGCUUAAACUUUGCUUCCUGAGUGCAAGUUACACUUGCUGGUUUCAGGUCUGGCAAGUAUAGGAUAUUAGUGGCCACGAAUGUGGCGGCAUGUGGAUUGGACAUCAAUGAUGUCCAGUUAAUUAUCCAGGCAAUACUGGAGUAGCUGUCAUGCUGUUCGAUCCAAGAAGGGCAAAUGUAUCUAAGAUCGAAAGAGAGUCUGGGGUAAAAUUUGAACACAUUGCUGCUCCGCAGCCAAGUGAUGUUGCUCAAACUGCUGGUGUCGAAGUUGCAGAAUCAAUAAGACAUUUCUGAUAGUGUCAUUACGGCAUUCAAGUCUGCAGCCGAGCAACUACUGAACAGGUCAGGCAUGUCAGCAGUUGAAUUACUUGCAAAGGCUCUUGCCAAGGCUUCUUUAAUCCCAAAGGAAGCUUUCCGAUUGCUUUCCCAUAAAUUUCAUGGAAAAGGGCCUGGCAAAAUGAAGCAAGAGAAGCGCAUGAAGCAAUACCAGGAAGAAUUGAAGUUGAAGCAGAUGAAGAAUUCAGACACGCCUUCUUUGUUUGCAGAGAGGAUGAGGGAAGCUCAAGCUCAAAUGAAGACACCUUAUCUUGUGCUUAGUGGUCAUGUUAAGCCUGGUCAAAACAGUGAUCCAAGAAGUGGCUUUGCCACCAUUGAGAAGGAUCCCGGGAGCUUAACGCCCAUGCUUGGAGAUAGGAAGGUUGAGCAUUUAUUGGGGAUAAAGCGAAAGCCUGAGCCUAGUAACUUGGGAGCACCAAAGAAGCCGAAAACUUGAAGUGUUACUGACAGGUCUUCUAUUAUUUGUUGAGUUCAAGCAACUUACUAUUGGGGCUGGAAGUAACUUCAGGUCUAGGCAUCGAUUGCAGCUCCACAUUACAUUAUUCUAUAUACCUUUUAGCUUUAUCAACUAUGAAGAUCAAAAUAUAGAUGCUCUUGUUGCUUUUGAAGAUGUACUUAGACCUGUAAUGCCAACAAGA